CCGACGGCAUUCGCAGUUCAAACGACUCCUCUGCCGAGCGAAGAAAUCGUUGUACCAGAGCUUAAGGUACCCAGUCUCGUCCAUCAUGUGUUCCGUUGCAUAAAAAUAAGACAUCCGUCAUUCAAAAAUGGGUUCCUCAGCCCCUAUUGACGACCAGCCAUACAGCGUGCCAGAGCAAUGGCACUCUCAACCUGGAUACCUUCGCGUCAUCUGCGCUGGAGCGGGAGCCGCUGGCUUGUGCGUUGCUUAUAAGAUGAAGCACAUGAAGUUCAUCAACUACGACCUUGUUUGCUACGAGAAGAACCCGGAAGUUGGUGGCACUUGGUACGAGAAUCGCUACCCUGGUUGUGCAUGCGAUGUACCUGCGCAUGCCUACACGUACAGCUUCGAGCCAAACCCCAAUUGGUCCAGCUUCUAUGCAUAUGCCCCGGAGAUUCGACAGUAUUUCGAGGACUUUGCCCAGAAACACGGACUGAUGCCAAAUGUCCAGCUCAAUUCGCGAAUUCUGAGUGCUAGGUGGAGGGAAGAGAAAGGAAUCUACAACGUUGAAGUCGAAUCAAAUGGAAAGAUCACCCAGGACUGGUGUCAUGUCUUUAUCAAUGGAACUGGGUUCUUGAACCACUGGAAAUGGCCUGACAUUGAAGGUCUUCACAGUUUUAAGGGAACUCUGAUGCACAGCGCCAAUUGGGAUCCAGAGGUUGAUUGGACCGGCAAAAGAGUAGCUGUGGUUGGAACUGGAUCGUCAGCUAUUCAAAUGGUGCCACAGAUUCAGAGGACUGCUUCACAUUUGACAUGUUUUAUGCGCUCAGUAACAUGGAUAUCUCCCCCAGUAGCCGGCAGCAUCCUCGACGAAGAUCGCAAGAAGACCGACGAUGGACACUCCUCCAACGUCCCCCACGGCCAGCAUUUCUAUUCCGAAGAAGAAAAAGAGAGCUUCCGAACCGACCCUGACUACCAUCUCGAGUACCGCCGCAAUCUCGAAGGUACAGUCAACAAGCUCUUCGACAUCUUCAUCGACGGCUCUCCAGAAUCGCAAGCCGCCCAAAAGACCAUGAAAGCGGAAAUGCUCAAACGUAUCGGCCCCGGCCACGAAGAUCUGAAGAAGCGUCUCGUCCCGAGCUGGCCACCGGGGUGUCGCCGCAUCACCCCCGGCGACGGCUACCUGGAAGCCCUCGUCAAACCCAACGUGACUACCGUGCACAAAGAGAUCGCGCAAGUGGUACCCAACGGUAUCAUCGACUCCAGCGGUCAGCUGCACGAAGUCGAUAUCCUCGCCUGCGCGACGGGUUUUAAUCUUGCCUUCAUCCCGCGCUUCGAGGUACGCGGCGUUAACGGCAUAAAAAUGUCGGAUGCGUUCACCCCCGAGCCACGAGUGUACCUAUCCGUUACCGUCCCUAAAUUCCCGAAUUACUUUAUUGUCAAUGGCGUGCGCGGACAGUGGGCGUCUGGCACCGCAUUACCGGCACAUGAGAUCUCCAUCGAGUAUAUCCUCAAGUGUGCUAAGAAGAUCCAGGGAGAUGGCAUACGUGCGCUGGAGGUGAAGGACGAGGCGGUAACUCAGUUGUACGAGCACAUCGAUGCCUGGCAUCAGGGUUCAGUAUGGAACGCGCACUGUAAGUCGUGGUACAAGAACAAUAUCAGCGGAGGAAAGCUGUGGAUCUGGGCCGGGUCGGCGCUGCAUUAUGUGAAAACGAUGAUGGAGCCACGGUACGAGCAUUAUAACAUGCGGUAUUGGAACUCGAAUAUGUUCGCGUUUUUGGGAAACGGGAGGGUCGAGGCGGAGUAUCUGGCACAGAUUGGAGCCUUGACAGGGAGCGACAUGAACGCGAGACUAGCGCCAUAUUUAAGGAAUGAGGAUGUGCCAUUUGAGAUUUGAGAAUUCUGAUUUGGG